UCGGCAGCGGCGGUAGCUCAGUUCAGGUCAGCCCAGUCAGCAGUCGUCCACGCGUCUAUCUAUACUCCCGUUUCUUAAAUUUAGCCACUUUCAAGCUUCGAGAUACCGCCCCCAAUUUCAGCGUCGGUACGGAGCCGCCAGGCCGGGACAGAGACGGAGAGAGAGGCCUCGGCCAUGGAAGCGCUCGGACCCGGCCCGCCCGCCCCUACCUCUCUGUUUCAGCCUCCACGGCGUCCCGGCCUUGGCACGGUGGGGAAACCCAUCCGGCUCCUUGCCAACCACUUCCAGGUGCAGAUUCCCAAGAUUGAUGUCUAUCACUAUGAUAUUGAGAUCAAGCCUGAGAAACGACCACGAAGGGUUAACAGGGAGGUGGUGGAUACCAUGGUCCGGCAUUUCAAGAUGCAGAUUUUUGGUGACCGACAGCCUGGCUAUGAUGGGAAGAGGAACAUGUACACAGCACAUCCACUGCCAAUAGGGAGGGACAGGGUGGAUCUGGAGGUCACCCUACCUGGUGAGGGGAAAGAUCAGACGUUCAAGGUGUCCUUGCAGUGGGUUUCUGUGGUGAGUCUUCAGAUGCUGCUGGAAGCCCUGUCGGGUCACCUUAACGAGGUGCCAGAGGACUCCGUUCAGGCUCUGGAUGUCAUCACAAGGCAUCUGCCUUCCAUGAGGUACACUCCAGUGGGGCGAUCGUUUUUCUCUCCUCCGGAGGGUUACUACCAUCCUCUUGGUGGAGGCAGGGAGGUGUGGUUUGGUUUCCAUCAGUCUGUCCGUCCUGCCAUGUGGAACAUGAUGCUCAACAUCGAUGUAUCAGCUACUGCUUUCUACCGUGCUCAGCCUGUGAUCGAGUUCAUGUGCGAGGUGCUUGAUAUACAAAACAUCAAUGAACAGACCAAACCACUGACUGACUCACAACGUGUCAAGUUCACCAAGGAAAUAAGAGGUUUGAAAGUUGAAGUCACACACUGUGGUCAGAUGAAGAGGAAGUAUCGAGUUUGCAAUGUCACGCGCCGACCUGCCAGCCAUCAGACGUUCCCCUUACAGCUUGAGAACGGCCAAGCCAUGGAGUGCACAGUAGCUCAGUAUUUCAAGCAGAAGUACAAUCUACAGCUCAAGUAUCCACACUUACCCUGUUUGCAAGUAGGACAGGAACAGAAGCACACCUACCUUCCCCUAGAGGUCUGUAACAUAGUAGCAGGCCAGCGCUGUAUCAAGAAACUGACCGACAACCAGACAUCAACCAUGAUUAAAGCUACAGCUCGUUCAGCCCCCGACAGACAGGAAGAGAUCAGCAGAUUGGUCAAAAGUAACAGCAUGGUCGGGGGCCCCGACCCUUACCUGAAGGAAUUUGGCAUUGUUGUGCAUAAUGACAUGACAGAGGUGACAGGGCGUGUCCUCCCAGCGCCCAUGCUACAGUAUGGGGGCCGGGUGAGUACAGACACAGGGAGGGACUGUGGCAGGGGGCUCUCUCCGCAGAAUAAAACAGUGGCGACGCCCAAUCAGGGCGUGUGGGACAUGAGGGGCAAGCAGUUCUACGCUGGCAUAGAGAUCAAGGUCUGGGCUGUGGCCUGCUUCGCUCCACAAAAACAAUGUCGUGAGGACCUGCUCAAGAGCUUCACUGACCAGCUGCGAAAAAUUUCAAAGGAUGCUGGGAUGCCCAUUCAAGGCCAGCCUUGUUUCUGUAAAUAUGCCCAAGGAGCUGAUAGCGUGGAGCCCAUGUUUAAACACCUUAAGAUGUCUUACGUUGGUCUGCAGCUGAUUGUGGUCAUCCUUCCUGGCAAAACACCGGUCUACGCUGAGGUAAAGCGGGUGGGAGACACCCUCCUCGGUAUGGCCACUCAGUGCGUGCAAGUGAAGAACGUGGUGAAGACUUCCCCUCAGACCCUCUCCAACCUCUGCCUCAAGAUUAACGCCAAGCUAGGAGGCAUCAACAAUGUCUUGGUGCCUCAUCAGAGGCCCUCUGUGUUCCAGCAGCCUGUCAUCUUCCUGGGUGCUGAUGUCACACAUCCUCCAGCGGGUGACGGGAAAAAACCAUCCAUCGCAGCAGUGGUGGGAAGCAUGGAUGGCCACCCAAGCCGGUACUGCGCCACGGUGCGAGUCCAGACGUCUCGACAAGACAUGUCCCAGGAGCAGCUCUUCAGCCAGGAAGUUAUCCAAGACCUUACCAACAUGGUCAGAGAACUGCUAAUCCAGUUUUACAAGUCGACACGCUUCAAGCCCACACGCAUCAUCUAUUAUCGUGGUGGUGUAUCAGAGGGACAAAUGAAACAGGUAGCAUGGCCCGAGCUGAUAGCCAUCAGGAAGGCCUGCAUCAGUCUGGAGGAGGAUUACAGGCCUGGCAUUACCUACAUUGUGGUCCAGAAACGUCACCAUACUCGUCUCUUCUGCUCUGACAAAGCUGAGAGGGUUGGGAAGAGUGGUAACGUUCCAGCUGGCACCACAGUGGACAGCACCAUCACACACCCGUCCGAAUUUGAUUUCUACCUGUGCAGCCAUGCUGGGAUCCAGGGAACCAGUCGCCCCUCCCACUACCACGUCUUGUGGGAUGACAACUGUUUCACGGCCGAUGAACUGCAGCUCCUUACCUACCAGCUGUGUCACACCUAUGUUCGCUGCACACGCUCAGUUUCCAUCCCGGCCCCAGCCUACUAUGCCAGGUUGGUGGCUUUCCGAGCCCGCUACCACCUGGUGGACAAAGACCAUGACAGCGCCGAAGGCAGCCACGUCUCAGGCCAGAGUAAUGGCCGAGACCCCCAGGCAUUGGCAAAGGCAGUUCAAAUCCACUAUGAUACCCAGCACACCAUGUACUUUGCCUGAACUAGCCUGUCAGCCAGUCCACUUGUGGAUCUACCCCAUAUAUAUAUUUUUUUCUUUUUAAAUCCAUCUGCCCCAUUCCCUGUUUUCCUCCUUCCCUCUCUCCUUGUAGUCUUUUCUUCAUACUCACUCUACAUUUUCUGAAUCUGCACCAAAGCGGCUCGUGGAGGGGGAUUCAUCUACAUCCCAACGUCCAGCAGGCUCUGUUUCAUGGAACAAUUUCCAACCAGCGUUCCCAAUCGAGCCGCCCUUUUAACCAGCAAUCCAGCACUGCGAACCCACAGGGGUUUACAAUGCACAAAAGAGAAAAACGAAAAAACAAAAACAAACCAUACACACAUCUACGAGUUGAGCCAUUAUUUUGCGUUUGUUUUUGUUUUUUCUAUUUGAAUGUCUGUACUCAUGUGUUUGUAAGAUACACUGAGCGAGAGAGUGGGCAGGCGCAAACUGUGCCCGCACAGCUCUUUAGCUCUCCCAGCUAAGCAGGACUCUUAUCUACUUUUACCUCAAAGCCCUUUUGGGCAAAAUCUGUCACAAGGUCUUGGGUUUAUCGGGUGGUGGGGAGGGAGCUCUACAUGAACAGAGAUGGAGGGGGGUUGACCUUUUGAGAAUGAUAUCUAUAUCUAUAUAUAUUUUCCUUUUUAUGAGCGUGUGUUUUAACUUUUUCUCCUUUUUCGGUCUUUUACAAGCGAGGUGACCUGGGUGUCCAUACCCAUUGCGACUUUCCUCCCAUCUUAGCGAAGAAUACGCAAGUCUGUGUGUGUGUGCGUGCAUCUCUGUAUAUACAUUUACUGCUGUAUGAGAGUGUUUGUGUGUGUGUGUUUCAUGGCAGGCCACUGAAUUGUAAAGGGAAAUCAAGGAGAUAACUGCUGUAAAUGCCUCAGAUUUGUUGUUUUUUAUAUUCACACAUACAGUACAUAUAAGCAUAUAUUUACAUCUAUAGAGCAACUUUGAGACAUAUGACUUAAACAGGCCUCAUAGAGGCACGUGUGGGUAUUUGUAGCAGUCCUGGGUCACUUAUUAAAUGAAAUGCUUUAUUACAUUUAGAGUGGUUGUGUUAGCCUGCUGCUAGCACAGGCUGGAUAGGGAUUUGCACCUUUGGGAGACGGCUGCUUUCUUGUGCCUCUAAACAUCCUUGAAUCCCAGAGUCCAUUUCAAGUAGUAACUGAAGCCAGGACUGAUGUGUAGCAGUAGCAACCAUGGUCUGGCCUGUGACUGGUUCAGCAUUGGGACCUGUUUAAAAAGCUGAAGGCAUUAAACACAGUAUGUUUUUAUCAGUCUUGCUUUCUGUGUGAAAAGUGGUAUCCAAUUUUUAAAACUUUUGGGCCUGGUUUUUAAGAAGGGUUAUGACACUGCUGGACAUUUUUAAAUUUGUUUUCAAGGAACCUGGAACCAACUUAAUUUUGAUUUUUAAGGUCUCCUUUGCUAAUGUUGGCCAAUUCAUUGCACUGACCAGGGAUGCUAAGCAGGAACCAGAGGGCACUGUCAAUCUCUUACCUUUAUGCAUUUAUACAUACGAAUCAACAAAGCAGAUUUGUAAAAGUUUAAUAUAAGAUGUUUUGUGGUUAUCUUAAACUGUUUUAGACCUAGUAGUUUACUGUUGUUGUUCUUGUUGUUGUCACUGUUGUUACUAUUGUGAUCAAAUUUUUAAGGUCGGCAGCGAAGCCAGUUAUAUAGCUACUAGUGUGAUUUCAGGAAUAGACUUCAGUUGUUGAGCUGCAGGUUGAGGGGUUGAGUUUUCAGAUUGGAAUUUUUUUUUUUUUUUUUUUUUUUUGUAGCAUUCUGGUGAGAGGUAGUUCUCAGGAUGGAUGAAUUCGCGCCUCUUCUGCAGGUUCUGAUGUAACGGUGGCCGACUCUAGUUGUCUUGUAGCAGUCAGACUGGUGUAACAGGUCUGCCAUGGUGGUGUACGUCCCGCACCGGGUGUUGGCUGGUUUUGAUCCGAUAGAUGGAGACAAUCGGGAAAUGUUGUUAUGGUAGGCAAUGAAUUGAAUUGAAUUGUUUUUUUUUU